AUGAUAUCCGGGCGAGGGGGAGCGGGCGCACGAGGUGGCCGCAUCCGCCCGCCUCGCCGCAUAAAUCGGACCAACGAUGCGGCCGAUUUCGAGGCAUGUUGGGAGUUGCUAGAGGAAGCCCUUCGAGACAUACACACCAAGAACUGCAGCCGCCUGUCAUUCGAAGAACUCUACCGCGCUGCUUACAAAAUAGUUUUGAAGAAGAAAGGCAGCCAGCUGUACGACAAGGUCACCAGGUUUGAGGAGGAGUGGUUCGCCAUCAAUGUCAUACCCAAGAUCGAACAGCUCGUCACCAAGAGCCUUGUCAGCAUCGGCGACGAGGCGGUAGCCGCUCCCACGUCGCUGAACGAGCGGCGCCAGACUGGAGAGAGGUUCCUCAAGGGCCUUCGCGAUACGUGGAACGACCACAACAUGUCCAUGAACAUGAUGGCCGACAUCCUCAUGUACCUCGACCGGGGCUUCUCGCACAACAACCCCGAACGGAGCCCCAUCUUUACGACGACCAUAGCGCUGUUCAGAGACCAUAUCCUGCAGUCCAGACUCAGCGCCAGCUCGGACGCCCUCGUCAUGGACACGCUCAUCUCCGUCAUGUUGGAUCAGAUCAAUAUGGAGCGCGAGGGAGACGUCAUCGACAGGGCGCUCAUCCGGAGCUGCAGCCGCAUGCUCAGCUGCCUAUUCAAGGACGCCAACGAAAACGAAUGCGACAAACUCUAUCUCCUGGAAUUCGAACCCAGGUUCCUGGACCGCAGCCGGGAGUUCUACGCGACGGAGUGCGAGCGCCUGCUGCGCGAGUCUGACGCCAACUCAUGGCUGCGGCAGACCGAUAAGCGUCUGACAGAGGAGAUUGACCGCUGCGGCACCACCAUCGAGCUCGAGACGCUGACAAAGGUGUGCGGCGUGAUCGAGGACGAGCUCAUAAAGCGCCACCUGGCCGAUUUCUUGGCCCUGGAAGGAAGUGGGCUGAGGUGGAUGAUCGACAACGACAAGAUUGAGGACCUCACCAUCCUCUAUCGCCUCAUAGCAAGAGUGGAGCCCGACAAGACAUCCAUCCGGCAAAUCUUGCAGAAGCGUGUGGUAGAGCUCGGGCUGGAAGUUGAGAAGGCGCUCAAGAACACGGACUUCUCCAUCGCCCAGCCGGGCGGAGAGGAUAACGGCGAGGGCGAGAAGGUCAAGACGCUCAACCCUGCUGCGCAGCAGACCGCCGCGGCCAUCAAGUGGGUGGAUGAUGUUCUGCGGCUCAAGGACAAGUUCGACAACCUGUCGUGGCAGUGCUUCCACGACGACCUGAUGAUCCAGAGCGCGCUUACAAAGAGCUUCUCUGAAUUCAUCAACGACUUUGGACGGUCAUCCGAGUACGUCUCUCUCUUCAUCGACGACAACUUGAAGAGGGGGAUAAAGGGCAAGACCGAGGCCGAGGUCGAUGCCGUUCUGGAGAAGGCCAUCAUUCUCAUCCGGUACCUGCAGGACAAGGACCUCUUCCAGACGUACUACCAGCGCCACCUGGCGCGGAGACUGCUGCACGGCAAGUCGGAGAGCCACGACGUCGAGAAGCAAAUCAUCUCACGCAUGAAGCAAGACAUGGGGCAGCAGUUUACGACAAAGUUCGAGGGCAUGUUCCGGGAUCUCGUGACGUCGACGGAACUCACGGCCGGAUACCGGGACCAUAUGAGCGCGGCUGCCGAUGACGAGGAAGCCAAGACGAUCGAUCUCAGCAUCAGCGUCCUCACCACCAACAACUGGCCGGCCGAGGUCAUGGGCCGCACGACGCAGAUGGGCGAAGGGUGGCGCGGAGCGUGCACGUACCCUCGGGAUAUCGCGCGGCUGCAGGCCAGCUUCGAGCAGUUCUACCUCUCGAACCGCAACGGCAGGAAGCUGACCUGGAUCGGCACCACGGGAAGCGCCGACAUCAAGUGCACGUUCCCCGCCAUCCCCGGCAAGCAGGGACCCCUCUCCCGGCCGCGCCGCUACGAGCUCAACGUGUCGACGUUUGGCAUGGUGGUCCUGCAACUGUUCAACGACCUGGCCGACGACGAGUCGCUCUCGUUUGAGGAGAUUCAGGCCAAGACGAACAUCUCGACACCCGACCUCAUCCGGACGCUGAUGGCCAUCGCCGUGGCGCCCAAAUCGCGCGUCCUCGCCAAGGAGCCCCCGACCAAGUCGGUCAAGGUGGGCGACAGGUUCAGCUUCAACGCCUCGUUUGUCAGCAAGAUGGUGCGCAUCAAGGCACCCAUCAUCAACGCAGUGUCCAAGGUGGAGGAUACGCAGGAGCGUAAGACGACGGAGAGCAAGAACAAUCAGACCCGCUCUCACGUGGUUGACGCUGCCAUCGUCAGGAUCAUGAAAUCUCGCAAGGAGCUCAGCCAUAUGCACCUCGUCAACGAAGUGCUAGGCCAGCUCGUCGGUCGGUUCAAGCCCGAGGUGUCGCUCAUCAAGAAACGGAUCGAGGACCUGAUUGUCCGGGAAUAUCUCGAGCGACCAGACGAGGACGGCGCACCAUCCAUGUACCGAUAUGUUGCCUAA